UUGAAUCAAAAUGAGCCGACCUCAUGAUGCACAACGGACCUCUUUGCCAUUUGGAAAUCCCUUCCGUAUGAUUCUGCCUAGGGGGUCUCUGUCACCAAAGCUUCUUUCCCUACUUACAUCCUUUGAGCAAACCUUGAAUGUAAACUUAAGGAAGCUCAAGCCUGCAAAUACGUCAGAUGUUCUCAGCUUAUCAUGGAUGAGGCAUGCCAUGUCUUUAUUGUCUGAGAUGCAUAUUAAUAUCAACACUUUGACAACUGCUCUUCAGUUCCCUGUUUCUGACUGGGAUGAGAAAUGGAUGGACGUGUAUCUAAACGACAGUGUGAAGCUGCUCGACAUCUGCAAUGCAUUAACCUCCGAGCUCUCACGAUUGGAGCAAUGUCAGCUCUUGCUUAAAUACUCUUUGCACAUUUUGGACUCGACUGGCUCUUCUCCUACAUCUGAAGACCUCAAGCGAGUCCAUUCAUCACUUCACAACUGGAUGGAGAAGAUUCAUUCCAGGAGUCCAAAGCUGGAGAGCAGCUCUUCCAUCUUGCAAGAGCUUACUGCGACACUUCAGUUGGUUAAAGUCAAGAAAUCGGCCAAAGGCAAGGUUCUGAUGAGAGCCUUGUAUGGUGUAAAGGUUGUGUCUAUAUUUGUUUGUAGUGUGUUCACAGCAGCCUUAUCAGGUUGCUCAAAGCCACUGACAGAUUUGCAUAUUUCUGGGGAUUUCUUGUGGGCUGAGGCUUUUGGUGAUCUGCAAGCUUCCGUUAAUGGAGAAAUCAGAUAUCUUUUAAAACUAGGGAAGUGUGGAGUACUGAAAGAGCUUGAGGCAGUUUCUGCACGUGCUGUGAAGUUGCACGACUUGAGCAUUGGCCUCGAUCAAAGGAAGAAAGAUAAGCCAAGUACUGACGCUGACAAGGAUACUAAUACCGAGGAAGUGGAGAGAUGGAAGGAUUCGACUUCAGAUUUGGCCAAAAGUGCUGAAACCUUUGCUUGUGAGCUCGACCUCCUCUCCAAGCAAGUUGAGGAGUUUUUUCAUCUCGUUCUGGGUGGUCGAAAUGUGUUGCUUUGUAGCCUUACCACCUCCAAUGUACAGGGUAAGGGGAAAGCAGAUAAAGUCAGGUAAAUCGUGUUGCAUCUAUGUAAGGUUUAUAGCGUGUUUAGAGCGGUCUUUGUUUGUUCUACCUGUGAUGUUUGUUGCGUGGGUAUUAGGAAAUCUAAGGUUGGUUGUGCCCCCGUGUUUGCUCUAUCACUUGUACGUAUAUCUUCGUAAUUUUAGGAGUGAUGUUAUAUCUAUGGUUAUCGUA